AUGAUGGGCUGGGCCAGGAAUGUGAGGCAGGCUAUUUAAGCCCAGGGUCAGCAGCAGCUCCAUCAGUCUGACCUGAGAGUGAGCUGCCAGCAUGGAUGACAUCUACAAGGCUGCGGUAGAACAGCUGACGGAAGAACAGAAAAAUGAGUUCAAGGCCGCCUUUGACAUCUUCGUGCUGGGCGCUGAGGAUGGCUGCAUCAGCACCAAGGAACUGGGCAAGGUGAUGCGGAUGCUGGGCCAGAACCCCACGCCCGAGGAGCUGCAGGAGAUGAUCGACGAGGUGGACGAGGACGGCAGCGGCACGGUGGACUUUGACGAGUUCCUGGUCAUGAUGGUUCGCUGCAUGAGGGAUGACAGCAAAGGCAAAACCGAGGAAGAGUUGUCUGACCUCUUCCGCAUGUUUGACAAAAACUCAGAUGGCUACAUUGACUUGGAGGAGCUGAAGACGAUGCUUCAGGCCACGGGCGAGACCAUCACGGAAGAUGACAUCGAGGAGCUCAUGAAGGACGGUGACAAGAACAAUGACGGCCGCAUCGACUAUGACGAGUUCCUGGAGUUCAUGAAGGGAGUGGAAUAGAUGCCGACCCACACCUGGAUCCGCCUGUGUCACCUGCCACCUGUGGCUGGGCCCUGGGGCAUGUGGGGUGGGGGGGCUGGGGCCGGGGCUGGGGCCAGUGGGGGGGAGCAGGGUUCCCAGGGCCUGAGCCGGGAUGUGCUCUGCACUGCAGGCCCCCAGCCCUGGCCUGGGGGGAACUCAAAUAAAGCCCAGCUUCCUGGAG